AUGAUGCAUGCCUUCACCCAAGGGUUGAUGGAUGGCGACUUCUUUCACUCGCUCAUCAGGAAGCCGCCACGUGAUUAUGACCAUAUGUUGAAAAAGGCGAUCGAAUACAUCAACGUGGAGGAGGCGCAAGCGGCCCGUAAAAAGGAAACACCAGCAGAGUCAGCAGCACCGGCCGAACGGAGGCCUCAAACCAUUCAUCAACCACCCAGAGGACCCAGGGUCGAGGGGAUGAGGCCGCAUCAGGAAUCAAGGUCGCACGCUGUCCAACACGUGGAGGUCGAACGGCCUAUGCCGAGAGGAAAAGUAUGGACUCCCAUGUUUUGUCCACUUCAUCAGUCGGCAACCCACAGCACCCGCGAUUGUCGGAGUCUCGCUCCGAUCACUAAGCCAAGGAACUAUCGCCGCCGAUCGCCUUCGCCUAACCGGCAUCAUAAUCAUCAGAACGUCGGUCGGAGAAUAGCAGACAGUCACCCGAGCACCGACGUCCACACCAACCAAGAAGCAACCCCCGAGCCUCCCAAGAGCGAGCCAGACCGUCUGCUCGGGAGGAAGAAAAUAGAAGCAACACCGCUCGAGGGAAAAUCAACAUCAUCGCUGGAGGGCCAACCAGCAGAGACUCCAACCGAGCCCGCAAGGUGGAGCUCGGUCAACAUCAUCUUCAAGAGGACGUUCGACCAACUUCAGAUCGACAGGGCUAAGCUGCUGCCUAUGACAACGCCCCUGUUCGGAUUCACUGGUAACGAGGUUCAGUCGGUCGGCCAGAUGAAAUUGGCCAUUUCGCUCGGUGAAGAGCUGCUCAGAAGGAUGUGGACCACUAACUUCACCGUAGUGGAUGCGCUCUCGGCGUACAACGUCAUUUUGGACCGACUAGCCCUCAGUGAAUUCCGGGCUGUCGUCUCAACAUUCUAUCAGAAGAUCAAGUUCCCUGUCGAGGACCAAGUAGGAGAGGUCAAAGAUAUAGAGGAAACCUUCGGGACGCUAAGGACAUACGGGGUCAAGCUAAAUUCCCAGAAGUGUCUGUUCAGAGCAAAAAGUGGGUGUUUCCUGGGGUACAUCGUGACCGAGCGGGGCAUAGAGGUGAAUCCCAGUAAAGUGAAAGCGCUGCAAGACAUGUCUCCUCCUAGAAAUCUGAAGGAAGCUCAACGCCUUACGGGACGAAUAACCGCGCUGUCCAGAUUCAUCUCGAAGACUGUCGACCGGAGCUUGCCCUUUUUCAAGAUUUUGCGCUGA